UGUGUGAGCAGCAGGGGGUGUGCCGAGCGCCAAACCCAAACUUUUAACGCACCUUGCCGCUGCCUCACCUUCACCUGCUCCUUUUCCUCGGCGGAUUCACACCUGAGCGUCGGCGGCUGCGGCGGACCGACAUUUUCCGGGGACCCCGGGACUCUCACGUUCCCGGUGUAACUUGGGUCGCGCCGCCGAGUCCUCGAAGGGGACCGAUCCGACUCGGAUGGCCUCCGUUCCCGUUUCCGCAUUCCCGUAGCCGCCGUGCGCACUGCAGGCGCGGAGCUAAGAUCCACGAUCUCAACAGAAAAAACCGGUUCCUCCGGCUAAUCUACCCAACUAUUGCUGGCGGUGCAGUAUGUUUCCAGCCAGGGGAAGGGAGGGAAGCCGGAGGACCGGGGGCUGGAAAGGGCCGUUUUCAGCGGACCGAUAAGCCCGAAGCGCGUCUUUUUGAUCGGCGUUAAAAGAGAGCCGCUCCUUCAUGUCCCGGGAUGGAGAGUUGCUGUCGCUCGUGUAUGCCGUGUUUAAACCGGCUCUGGAACUGGAUAUGGCCCGACUUCCGUUACCCCAACGUCCCCAACCACAACCAUGUCAUCGCCAACCCGGCGGCGGAGGCGGCGGAGAUCCGCACCGUGUCCGGCGAGAUCCGCGUCCCGUCGCCCAAGAAGCGGCCGGUGCAGCUCUACGCGGCGCUCUUCGACUUCGUGGCCCGCAGCGACGACGAGUUGACGGUGAGGGAGGGCGACAAGCUGUCGGUGAUUGAGAAGCGGGGGGAGUACGUGCUGGCCAAGAAGCUGACCGGGUCUCUGGAGUCCGGACUGAUCCCGGCGAACUACGUGGCCCUGCUGCAGGACGAGUUCGCCAAACACAAGUGGUACUACGGGAACAUAAACCGAGGGAAAGCUGAGAAGCUGCUUCUGGCCUCCCAAAACAAAGAUGGCUCCUUCCUGGUUCGCAUCAGCGAGAGCCACAGUGAUGAGUACACAAUCUCCGCCCGGAGUGAGGGGAAAGUGUACCACUUCAGGAUCCAGCGCUCCACCAUCGGUGCAUACUUUGUCUCAGACAAGGUCUCCUUCGCCACGCUGGGAGAGCUCAUAUCCUACUACCAGAAGAACCACCGCAGCCUGGGAGUGCUGCUGGACGAGCCCUGCGCCCAGCAGCGGGAGCUGUUUGACAUGGAGCCGUGGGAGAGGCCUCGAGAGGAGUUCAAGCUCCACAGGAAACUGGGAGAGGGACACUUCGGAGAGGUGUGGGAGGCUCUCUGGACCGUGGAGAACAGGAAAGUGGCCAUAAAGAUGCUGAAACAAGAGGACACAAAGCAGGACGAGUUCGUGAAGGAGGUCCAGGCGCUGAAGAGCCUCCAUCACCCGAAGCUGAUCCAGCUGUUAGCCAUGUGCUCCAGAGGAGAACCGGUCUACAUCGUGACCGAACUCAUGAGCAAAGGGAGCCUCAAGUCCUACCUUGCCUCUGCUGAAGGCCAGGUGCUGUCGUCAGCUCAUCUGAUCUACAUGGGCAGCCAGAUCGCCGAGGGCAUGGCCUACCUGGAGGACAGGAACAUCGUCCACAGAGACCUGGCUGCCAGGAACAUCCUGGUGGGGGACGAUCUGGUCUGCAAGGUGGCCGACUUCGGACUGGCUCGGAUUAUUAAGGACAGUGUUUAUACAGCUAGUCGAAACACAAAGAUCCCAGUGCGGUGGACGGCUCCGGAGGCGGCGAUUUACCAGCGCUUCUCUGUAAAAUCGGAUGUUUGGUCGUUUGGCGUGCUGCUGUAUGAGAUGAUGUCACGUGGCAAAAUGCCUUAUGAAGGAAAAAGCAAUAAGGAGGUGUUGGAUCUGCUGUCAUCAGGGUUUCGGCUGCCAUGUCCAACCCGCUGUCCCCAGAAUAUUUACCGCAUCAUGAUGGACUGCUGGGCCACCGAGCCCUCAAAGAGACCCUCCUUCCACGCCCUGCACAGCCAGCUGGACUCAAUCUAUGCCCGGAUAUAUUUCAAGACCAUAGAGGUAUAGAAAGAGGGAGACUUUCCGGGCAGAGAAGGACAGUUUGAGGGUAUGAAUGGUGCAAAAGCAGAUCCUCUGCGACUUGUCUUUGACAGAAGGAUGGACUACAAAAACAAAGGAGGAAGGAGAUGGGGGGGGGGCAGAAAAAGCAAGGAGUUUUUUCCUCCCCCAUGCAAUACACUUCCACAACAGGGUAUAUGUACUCUAAAAACACCAAGGUGUGAAAGGACAGAGGGAAGAAGAGCAUCAGAGACGGACACACACAAGUACGAUGGAGAGGCGACGGAGAAGAUGCUCGGCAAAUUAAAUAAUAGAGAAAACUGAGACGGAAAAUGAGGAAUACUUCAUUUUUAAGACUAAAAGACAGGAAGGCGGUUAAAUGAAUGACUGAACGUAGCCUGAGAAAGGUGUGUAAAUACACUCCUACCUAAAAGAAACUUAACACUGAAACCCUCAGCACAUUUACAGCACCAACUGUUUUUAAUUUUAUACCCUUUUUGUGUUUUAUAAAUAAUAUUUUAUUACUUCUGUACGUGCCAUGUCUGAAAUCACAGGUCAGGACCUAAACUAAUCACCUGUCUUUUGAUUGCAAAGCCAGUGCUAAAAUUGAGGUUAUGUGCAAUAAUGAAAUGCUUGCUGGGUCUUUAGCCACGCUAGGGGACUGGUGCUAAGGAUGUUUAUGUCAAUCGGUCUGUUGGCCCAACGCUUUGAUCUAAGGAGAGAGAUUGACACAAGUUGGGUCGAUCGCCAUGACGUCUGGCACAGAGCUUUGGUACGAACCCCAAAGGAUGAAUCUAAUAAUCUAAUAACUCUGGUGAUCCUACGACUUUUACAUCUACAACUACCAUCCCGUCAGGGUUUCCUCUCGCCCAACGCUGUAGUUUUUGAGCUGCAAGUAUCUUAGCAUGAUGACUGUUACUUUGAGGUUAAAGGAAAGGACAGGUCAAGGGUAUCUCUUCACAGCCAGUAUGGACAAGAGGAAUGAUUACGGCAACCAAUAACUCUUUUAAUGUACAUAUGACAUGCGAGUAUUGUUUCAAGAUGGACCAAAUCAGUUCUUUAAAAUAACAGUUCAACAUUUUUGGACAUAUGCUUUUUCAAGCUCUUACUGAGAGUUUAGAUGAGUAGCUUGAUACCACUCUCAUGCCUCUGGGUUAAGUAGCGAGCCAGAGCCCUGUUAGCGUAGCCUGGGGGACAGAUCUAGCCUGGCUAUGUCCAAAGUUACGAAAUACACCCACCAACACCUGUUAACCUCGGCAAUUAAUGGUUACAUCCAGUUUGCUAAACCCGUACUCAAAUGGAAUUGUAAAUACAACAAUUUUACAGGUAAUUAAGUACUUUAACUAUUUCUUGGCGACCAGCAGCUGUGCGCUUAUGACUGGAGUCACCAUCGGCUGUCUGGCAACCUCAUUUCGAAUGCAAACAUGAGAGCGGUAUCGAUUUUUAUCUCUUUUCUUCUUUUCUCAUAUAACUCUCUUGGCGAGGGGGUGAAUAAGCUUAAUUCCCGGAAUGCUGAACUGUUGCGUCAACAAGCAUGCAAACGUUAGCAUGCUAACUGGCAUACAUGCUAACGUUAGCAGUGUAGCAAUGUACAACACUGAGGGGGGGAAAAGAAAAAAAUUACACAGCACAGCUAGCAUGUCAGCACUGAUCAAGAACAGCAAGCAAACUUGUGAAGUCGUAAAAUGGCCACUGCUCAGAGCCCCGUGAUCCCUCUAUUGACUCUACCACCACCCUCAGGACAACCUUUACAUUUCUCUCCCACUUGUCGUAAAGAUCUAAGUCAAAGUUUUCUCUGUAUUUUUCAUCCAAGCACCAGUUUUGUUUUCUGGCUUGAUGAGGCCCCUAGCAUGGCUACACACUGUUAGUCUUGUUAUUAACCAAAAGCAUUAAGUGUUUUCUUCAGCCAACCUUCUGUUACAGGGAUUCGAGAAGGUUUUGGCAACAUGUUAUAUAUCUAGUAUCUGGAUAACGCUUUAUCUAGAAUAUUAAUAGAAUAAUUGUUUUUGUCCUGCUGUGACACAUUUAAUAGCGGCUGAGCCAGUAGUAGUUCCAUGUGUACAGUCCCUGGGUUAUUCAAACUCUUCUACUGGCCCACAAAUGGCCGGAUAGAACUAGAGUGCUUAUGUUUACACAACAGACUCUGUGCACACACACUAAACUACAAAAUAAGAACAGUAAAAACUACAAAAAUUAACACUAAGGCAAAAAGACCUGCACAGUGAAUCAGCCAUAUCCAGAAGACUCUUUUUGAGGGGGAGGGGAAUGGGAUUUCUGCACCACAAAAUUGUACAACAGUGUUGCAAAGCAAUGCAAUUUAAGAACAAUGCAACUUUGGUCUUUUAUGCAUGGCAGAAGACAAAGCCAAGUUCAGGAAACUUGAGCCAUAAUCACCAAUUACAAGAUUGAGUCACGAUCGAGUUUUGCGUUUUAGGCUUCGUGCCAUCAGGUACCAAACACCAGUAGUGCAAAGAAUAAAGUAUUUUAAGAAUUGUUUUGAAAUGUGUCUGUGUUUUUAUUUUUUAUUUUGGCAUUUUCUGUCAUGUGCUUACAAAGCGCUCCACUUACUAGGGAGUUAAAGAACGUUUGAUGAAACAAGAACUGGAUGUAGAUAAGGUUACUGGGUUUACCCUGAAUUCCUCACAGUGCGAGAUCGUUCAGAUGUGUCGGUGGAGAGCCGCUUAAAGCGGGCGAUGACGGUCGUGUUGUCAAGCCACUAAAUGACAAAGAACACUUUUCAAGUGCGCUUUAUAGAAAGAAUAGUUUUAACUCUCCAUUUUCAUGGAGUAGCUUUGCUACCAGAGGCCCUGCCACUUGCUCAGAAACGAAAAAACUUUGGAAACUUUCCUGGGAAGUAAAGACAUCAAACAAGAAUUAGCUGACUCCGAGAAAUCCUUACAUUUGUUUUAAAGGCUCGUUCACUGUCAAUGGGCCAUAUUUUA